AUGUCAUCCAUCACCAGUACCCUCAUGCGUCGAGGUACGGAGGCUGCCAUCGGCAGCUUCCAGGACAAGAAACCCGACCAGCCCAAUGGAGGCUUGGUCGCUCUCUUCGUCAUCAGCGUCAUCGUCCUCGGCUUUAUCUUCUGGAGUAUUGAAUAUACCUAUGGUAUGGUAAUUGCCACGCUGGCCGCGGUGGAAGACACAAACCCCGAUAUCUAUGUUCGGAUUGCUUCCAAUCCGGACCCGAACAAGCCGGACGACGAAGAUGCCGAGCUGGCUACCCCUACUCCCCCCAAGCCCAUCACCAGCAAGCUCCGCACCACCGUGCAGCACCUGCGCGCCCGUGCCGGUUUCUGGUCCCGCUUCCGCGGCAUGGGAAUGUUCAUGGCCUACGUCGGCCUGAACGGAUUCCUGUCUGCUUGGGUUCCUGUUUCUACUACUUCAUUCAUCGGCCAAUUCUUUGUUCAGUCUUUCCUGAGCGUCGCCCUGGCUACGUGGCAGAUGGCUUGGGUUCACAUCGUUAUCACUGAGCCCUCUCCUAAGCGCUUCUACCAGCGCAUCCCUAGCUACAAGACUUGGAUCAAGAUUGCUCCAGCUGCUGCCCUGGAGAAUGUGCUCACUUCUGCUGCUUUCUUCCUGCCCAUGUCUUUGGCCAGCUUCUUCGGCUGGUUCGAUACUACCCUUGGAGAUGAUGUCCCCCCGAUGGUUACCUUGUACCGCUUCAUGGGAGCUAGUGUCAUCCCUGCUAUUCUGGCGUUCUUGAUCUCCAUGCCUGCUCGCGUGAUCUUCAUUCGUGUGGCUGCUUCCAUGCUACCUGAAGAAGAUGAGACCAUCGUGCCCUUCGACCGCUCCUUUGGCGGCAAGGUCAGCCCAGCCAUCACUGGUGGCAGUGGCAAGAUUGGGCUCAUGAAUGCCUGGACUACCUUUGACUGGGCUGCCCGUGUCCGCUUUGCCAAGGUCAUUGGUAAGACCUUCGCCAUUGAGGUGGCGGUUGGCGUCCUUGCCUCUUUGGUUCUUGGUGGUCAAGUCAUUCUGAUGUUCACGACAGCCAAGCCUGCUGGAUCUAAUGCCCCUGGUUUCCAAAUCAGUUGA